GCUACAUAGUAAUUUCUUGUGUUUCAGUCUCCAUAAAAUAAUUAGAAUUGUAAUCUUUGUUCAGUCUGGUGAAGCCCGUCCGCGACGAUUUUUUCAUUUGCCGGAAAGGUCCCUAAGUUAUCCAAAUGAGAAGGUCCUCAGCACCAUCUUUGGGGUCUGUCAACAAAAAGGGGAAGUUUUGCACACCAUUUGCGUGCCAGGCACCCCGUGCUGCAGUGCAGAGUGUUCGUGAUGAAAAGGAAUAUGUGAAAUCUGUGUCAAUAGUCAAAACUAAGAAGCCAGAAGUGCCUUAUGCUGAUGAGACAAAAGCUCAAGCAUCAAGACCGGCAGAAUGCAGGCGACCACUCACAGAGAUCCUCAGCAUUUUGGAUCAUCCUGUCAUGGACCAGACAACAGACAACACCCACAGUCAAGAAAAGUUUCCUGCUGCCCUGUCUUCCAUGACUAUACCAUCACUGCAGCAAGAUGACCAACAGAUAUCUCGGCCAGGGGCAACCAAUUCGCCACAAGUUACAGAUAUAGAGCAGAAAGCUAUGCUGCUCACAGAUCAGACCAAUAUGAGUGAAAAUGACUCAGUCAUAGCAGAAGGAUCAGAUAAACCCAGGUACUUUGACGUCAUAUGGUGCAAGAAGUCGGCCAGAAAGCACAAGAAAUGGGAAGGAGACGCCGUUCUGGAGGUGCACCGCCGGCGCGUGGUCCUGCUGGACACGGAGCGGAAGGUGAUCGGCCAGGGCAGUGGCUACAAGGUGAAGGAGCUGGAGGACCUCUCCGAUGGUGACCUGCUGACCGUCGGCGGCAAGGAGGUCGAGAUCCAGAACUCGGUUCGUGCUGAGGAGUACCUGUCUCGCGCCCACGGCAUCCCUGUCCUUGAAACAGACGUCAAGAUGUCUUACUCCUGCCAAGGCUUUGUGCGUAGAUAG